AUGGAACCCGUCCCGUUUACAGAAGAGCUUUCGGAGAGAAAAGUGUGCGUUGUCGGCUCGGAGUUGGUGGAAAACUACACGGUGUACAUCAUCGAGGUCCAGGACAGUGAGCACAAGUGGACGGUGAAGCACCGCUACAGCGACUUUCACGACCUCCACGAGAAGUUAGCGGCGGCGAACCAAGUGGAUCGGCGUCUGCUCCCGCCAAAGAAGAUGCUGGGCAAGAACUCCAAGAGCCUGGUGGAACGUCGGCAGAAGGAGCUGGAGCUUUACCUGCAGACGCUCCUGCGGCAGUUCCCGGGGGCCACGCCGACCCCUCUGGCCGCUUUCCUCCACUUCAACCUCUACGAAAUCAACGGCAUCACCGCUGCGCUUGCCGAGGAGUUGUUUCAUAAAGGCGAGCAGUUGCUGGCCGCUGGCGAGGUGUUCUCCUUGCGGCCUCUGCAGCUCCACGCCGUGUCCCAGCAGCUGCGUCUGGCCAAACCCACGUGCUGCAACGGCGACGCCAAAACCGACCUGGGACACAUCCUGGACUUCACCUGCAGGCUGCGCUACCUCAAGAUAUGCGGCACCAGAGGUCCGGUGGGAAGCAGCAACAUCGUGGAGAGCAGUCUACCUUUCGAGCUGUCUUUUUUCAAGUCGCUGGUUCAGAUUGAGAUCAGCGAGUGCGCCGCUCCGCAAAUCCAAGGUUUAUCGUCGCUGAGGUCCACUUUGGUCACUCUUAAUAUCCACGACUCCACGGACAGCAUGAUGCUGGUGCUCGUCCCGGAAGCCAGCGAGUUCCCUCAGUGGGAAGCCGAGGGCUCAGAGUCGGGCUGCCCCGUGACGGCGGUGGUGCCGCGAUGGCAAAGCCUGACCACGCUGGACAUGAGCCACAAUGGUAUCAGCGCCAUCGACGCCUCGGCGAAACUGCUCCGCAAGGUGGAGUUCCUCGACCUGAGCCACAACCAGCUUUCUACGGUGGACAACCUUCAGCAUCUGUACAAUCUGGUCCACGUGGAUUUGUCCUACAACAAUUUGUGCGAGCUGGAGGCGGCUCACACGCGCCUGGGCAACAUCAAGACGCUCAGCCUGGCCGGCAACCGGCUGGAGAGCCUGGCGGGCCUGGGCAAGCUCUACUCGCUGGUCCACCUGGACCUCAGCCACAACCAGCUCAAUCGGUUGGAGGAGAUCAAGAACAUCGGCUCGCUGCCGUGUCUGGAGAAACUCAACCUGUCGGCCAACCCCGUUUGCAUCAUCCCCGACUACAGAACCAAAGUCCUGGCCCAGUUUGGAGAGCGAGCGGCAGAGGUGUGUCUUGAUGGUCAGGCGACCACAGAGAAAGAGUUGGACACGGUGGAAGUGUUGAAAGCCAUUCAGAAAGCCAAAGAAGUCAAGGACCGCAUGAGCGGCAGCGACAAGAAGAUCAGUGAGGAGACCAGGCUGUUUGCUGCUGCGCCUCCUCGCCUCUCUCCUCUUCCUUCCUCCUCCUCUUCCUCUACCCGCUCCUCUUCCAUCGUCACCCCUCAUUCUCUCUCCUCCGCCACGCCCUCCGCUUCCUGUCGGGCCCGGCAGGCUUCCUGCGCCAGCCAAGAAAUGAGCACCCGAGAAGAAGCCGCCGUUCCGCCCAUCAUCGUCCCUCCUGACGCCGUCCAGAUUAGCCACUCCCCUUGUUACCAUGACAACCAACCUGCUGAAGACGCUUCCUGUUGCCAGUGUUCCUCCAGUCUUCUCCAAGCCGACUGCCCUACCUGCACUGCCACCUGGUGUCCGCUGCUCCCUUCCUACCUCAUUUCCUUCACUUCCACCAAUCAGCUCUUCACAGGAUUGCUCUCCAAACGCUUGAAGGAGACACAUGAGAAGAAACUAGAAGCUGACAAAAAGCUGGAGACGAAAGACGAGGACCAAUGCCCAUCCAUUGAGGUUUUAUCCCACGGGGAGUGCACGGAAGUGGGCUGUCCUGUCUCCAGGGAUGGCUACUUUGAGAUGGGACUGGACCGUUCCCUCCCGGACCCGUCGCUCGCUCGUCUUCCCUCCGAGUCCGGUGACAACGAAGGGCGGGACGAGAACGUCUGCCACGUGCUCUGGUGCUAUUGCGUUAAGGUGAAAGAGCAGAAGGUGGAGCAUAACAUCAUUUGCGUCGUGCUGACGGACAAUCUUUUGGGAUUGUGGCGUUUAUCAGAUGUUGUCAAAGGGGACAAUGAUGACGCAGAUGAAGCGCAGAUUCCCACCCCUGAGGCCCUUCUGUCCAACCUCGAAGCGUACCUUCUCCUGCCAUUUUCCGAGCUCCUGCUCUCCUCACACGCCGAGCUUCCUGCUUCCUGCUUAUCCUUCGGACUGCGGAACGACGCUUCUCGCUAUUACCUCUACUCCGAACCCCAAGAGCUCCAGUACACCAGAUCUGAGCUGAACAGACUUUUGCGGCUCCCCGAGGCGGUGGAGACUCCUCAGCUCCUACCUCGCUCUCUUCUCAACUCCUGGGAGCUGGAGGAGAGUCAGGGUGCCCGAGGCGGCUACCUGACGCUCCUCCUGCGUUCCUCUUCCGCCUCGCGCCCACCACUUUCAGACAUUUCACCCGACAUGGAAGAACUGCCGUCUCUCCUCUUUCUAACCCAUCGACACCUAUGGGUGCUGAUGAUGGAUGUCAGAGAGCUCCAUCGGGCGCCGUGCAAACUAGUCCGUGUACCCCUCGGCUCGGUGGCGCUUCACCCUGACAUGAGAUUUCCUCAAGCUGGGAAGACAAUCGGCAGAAAGUCCUGCAAGCACCCUCAACACCACCGCAGGUGGAUCCACACGACGGAGCUGCUGCUGGCCGGUGGGGGACUGCUGCUGCUCUUCCCGCUGUCCCAGGACAAGACCUCCUUCUUGGAGGAACUAAAUCGGCGGAGAGUGGCUCUGGAAGGGCUGAAGAUUGUGCCUCUGCCCCUCCCGUGCAGAUGCCGCUCGCACCAAGAAGGCGGCGACCCUUCUCGGGGCUCAUCUCGUCUGCGGCCGGAAGAGAACCAGCCGUCCCCCCAUCUGGCCCCAGGUCUCUCCCCGGGGCUGAAGCUCCUCUCUGGGCUUGAUGGAGAGCAGCUAGUGGCAUACUUUCACAGAUUUAUAGCACUGUCUGGGGAGGUGGAAGAGGUGCGGCAAUUUUUGUGGCUGUCCGCGGUCCUCUACACCGUACCGGAGUCCGAACUGGCUUGCUGCCUUUUACUAUCUACCGAGGCGGUUUAUUUCCUGUUGGAAGACUCUGCUGCCGCACGCCACUGCCAUCACCCAGAAAUGGACACCAGCACUUCGCCCGACCCGAGCGUGCGCCUUUGCUACUGCCUGACCAUCAGACUGUCCGAUCUGCUGUCCGUAAACGUGGGAUUGUUCGACCAGUACUUCAGGCUCGUCGGCCGCUCGGCAGAACACAUCGUUUGCUGUUUAAGUCGAGACAGUUACGGCACGGGGGUCUUCCUGCAAGAGCUCAUGUCCGUGCUGAGUCUGCAGCAGAAGCUUCCUGCUCCGGAGCCUUCGGAACAGGAUUUCUACUCGCAGUUCACUAGCAGCUGCACAGGCAAGAUGCAGAACUACGAGCUGGUCCACAGCAGCAGGGUAAAGUUCAUCUAUCCCAGCGAGGAGGAGGUGGGCGACCUGACCUUCAUCGUGGCCGAGAGGAAGACCCCUGCCGGCGCGCCACCUACGUCCACGCGCUCCUUCAACGUGCUGCUCUACCUGCUGGUCUUUCAGGUGGAGAUGGACGACGGGCGGGCCCCCGACAGAUCUCCGAUACUACGUCCCCGGACCCUGAUACUGACCGGCACGGACGUCUUCCUGUUGGACGAAGACUACGUCAGCUAUCCUCUCCCGGACUUUGCCAAGGAGCCGCCGUCCAGGGAGCGUUACCAGCUACGCGAAGCCCGGCGGAUCCGCGACCUCGACCGGGUUCUGCUAGGCUACCAGACGUACCCUCAAGCUCUGACGCUGGUGUUCGACGACCUGCCGGGCCCGGACCUGCUGUGCCACCUCACCGUGGACCACUUCGGCGCCGAGGGGGAGGAACCGGCGCCGACGUCUCCGUGCGGAGGCGCCGAAGGCGAGGUGCAGUGGUGCGUCUUCGUGCCGGGAGCCGACAGCCGCGAGAGACUCAUCUCCCUCCUGGCGCGCCAGUGGGAGGCGCUGUGCAGCCGAGAACUUCCCGUGGAGCUCACCGGAUGA